AGCAGCUGUUGUAAAAUGCUCUGGACCCUCUCUGCACAUUUUCUUUUGCUGCUUUCUACUGGAAAUGCAGAACCAAAAGAUAAAAUGGUCAGUCAGGAACUGAUGGUCCUUAUUGCUGAAGAAGGGCAAUCUGUCAAUCUCACUUGCAAGUUUAUGCGUAAGAUUGAAGGUCUAUAUCUGAAACAAACCUUUGGAGAUGUCACGAAAUUGUUUUAUGUUACCCAACAUGGCAAAAUUAAGAGAGAAGAUCCUGCAUAUGCAAAUCGCACCGAGUAUUUUGAGAUGAACAACACGGCCACAAUUACACUGAAGCAACUGAAGAAAAAUGACAGCAAUGUAUAUAUGUGUAUGGCAAACUUGACCACAGACACUGGGCUUAAGGAGAAUAAUAGUAGAGUGAAUAUUUUUUUGGCAGUAAAAGCAGCUGCAAAGAAGAAUUUUGAAUAUCCUUGGAUGCGGUAUAGUAUUAUCUCUAUGUUAAUACUCUUGCUUUUUAUGAUGGGAUUUUAUAUUGUCUAUCAUACCAAUAUCAAGAAAUGCUUCCAAAAAGGACAUGCAAAGACAAAGCAGAAUUUUAUCUAUGAAGACAUGACUUACAGCUUGAGGCGCAAGAACACUGAGACUCAAAAAAACCAUUAUGCUAUGUAA